ACUGUUGAGAUGAGAGAUAUGCCACAUGAAUUUCAUCACUUUAGUUUGUCAGACCUCACUAUGGGUGUAACAGUUUCUGCUGUAGACAGUUUACGUUACCGUCUAAGGUGAUCAGUAGUGUGUGAGUUCUCACAUGGCUUGUCCUGAGAACAUGUUUUUUCUCAUUGGCCUCUUUAUAUCAGGUGUUUUGGCCUGUUUUGGUCAACGAGAUUUGAUCACCACAAUGCCAGAUAAACUGGAUGGACUGACUGGCUCCUGUGUGCAAAUCCCAUGUUCAUUUGAUAUUCCUGACCAACAUAAGGAUAAAUUUAACAGCACAAUACUACUCUCUGGAGUGUGGAUUAAAGGAAACCAAUACUUUGGUGGGCGUCCGGACAGAGUGAUUUUUAACAGUAGUGAGACGGUCAACAGAUAUCAAGGGAAGAUAACUGGAAACAUGUUCCAGAAGAACUGCACCACAGUCUUCUUCAAUAUAACCACCAAUUACACUGAUAUAUACUUCUUCAGGAUUGAGAGUCAACCAUUCCUUGCAACAGACACUGGAAAGUAUGUUGAAAUAGUUGUCAGUGAUUUGCCUUCCAGUCCCAUCCUUUCUGUCUCAGGUGAAGUGAAGGAAGGGACCCCUGUCAGUUUGAACUGCUCUGCUGUCGCUCCCUGUCCUGAACACCCCCCUGAGCUGACAUGGACUCUCCCAACACAGUUCACACCUGAGAACCAACUGCAGGAGAAAUCAGACCAAACCAAAUCAGUUCUCUCCACGGUGACGUUCACUCCGUCAUAUCUUCAUCAUGAGAAGAACAUCACUUGUACUGCAGUCUACCCAGUAGGGACAAGCAACAAGACAGCUGAACAUAACAUGAUGCUUAACGUUUCAUUCUCUCCUAAGGACACCUCGGCCUCCAUCAGUCCAGCUGAUCCAGUAUUAGUGGGCAGCUGUGUUAAUCUGACCUGCAGCAGUACAGCCAACCCUCCUGUGACAAACUUCACCUGGUUCAAGAUCAGUGGGGGUAAACGAACACAGGUAGCAUCUGGACAGAGUUACACCCUCAAUGUGACUGUUGGUGAUGGAGGACAAUACUACUGUGAAGGAAGAAAUAGUCACGGCUGUGGGAAGUCGAAUGAAGUGCAGCUGGCUAUAAAAGGGCAAGAAGAGUCAAAAACCUCAGGGGUUGGUUUCUGGUUUCUGGUUUCUGGGGUUGCAGCAGGAACUCUGGGGGCCAUUUUGCUUAUCAGCCUGAUCAGUCUUUUUGUAUGGAGGAGAAACUCGAGGCUCCACGAUGGACUUGAAAGGACAGACAGUCCAUGGGGACAGAACUCCCCGGUUGGGACAGUGUGUACUAACCAGGCCACAGCCGGAGACGAACCAGAGGAACCUGCAGAAGACCAGCCUGAAGAGAUCCAAUACGGUGACAUAGACUUCUCCAAACUACAGACCAAAGAGACCCCAGCUGCAGCCCAGGACAGGGUCCAGGGACAGGAGAGUGAGUACGCUGAAGUCAACGUGACUGGGAGUAGGGCCCAGUUACCACCACUGAACAACCUAGAUGGGCUUUAUGCACAAGUGACUAAAUAAGUGCUUGUUAAUUAUUUUUCCAAUGGGUAUUAAGUGUUUUUAUGUACAGUAUUGUCAUUGUGUAUCUGUUUUCUAUUGGUACUUUUGUUACAUUUAUAAUUGUGUGCUCUUUGAUUAUCUGCAUAUUUGUAGAAUUUUCUGGGAUGAAAAGUGUUUAACUGUUACUAUAGUGUUGAUAUGAUGAUGUAGGCUACUCUUUAUUUUAGACCAUUUAUUUUGACUGUUGAGUUCACAGAGCUUCUGUUUAAUGGGUUCCAGUAUAGAGGAACUGCUGAGUUCAACUAGCUCACUGAAGGCAGUUUAAGACCAUAUAAAGUCAAUGAUGACUGAGGAGAGAAGACACAGUUAGUUGGAGAGACAGUGGUCUGAUACAAGACAGGAAGUUGGUGCAGGAAGUCUACAUGACGGCAGAAUGGUGUUAACAUCUACUAGUCACUGUUUAUCUUCAUCUUUUGUGCAGUUCCCAGAAUAACAAUGUUAUCUAUUUUCAGUUUAUAUCUAUUUAGAAGUUAUCGCGUCAGCUUUUAUGUUGAGUGUUAAAUUGAAGAAACAAAUGAGACUGAAUUUAUUAAGGUUGUUUAUUAAUAAUAAACCUUUACAUUCAA